UGUUACCAACUUCUAAAACUUGCCCUCUUCCUCCUCUAUUAUAGUGACCACAAAUCUUACCAGAAGUCUAUAUUUCACACACACACACACACACACACUACACACUAGAGAGACUAGUAUGGCUUCGUUUCUCUACUACUCUAUCUUCAUCCUGUAUGCAACCUCUCUCUAUUCCAUUGAUGGAGUUCUAAUUAGGCAAUUCGUUAGAUCCGGCGGGAAAACAGAAAACUUAACCCACCUCCACUUUUUCUUCCACGACAUCCUUGGUGGCGAAAACCCUACCUCUGUUAGAAUUAUUGGGCCGCCAAAUGGUACUGCUGGCGGCUUUGGAAGCACUAUGAUGAUUGAUAAUGCACUGACUGAAGAGCAAGACCGCGCCUCCAAGCUCAUCGGAAGAGCACAAGGAUUUUACUCAGUGGCUUCACAGCAAGCAGAUGAAUUUGCAUUCCUUAUGGUCAUGAAUUGUGUUUUUGUGGAAGGCAAGUAUAAGGGGAGUAGCAUUAGCAUUCUCGGGAGGAAUCCGGUCAUGAACAAUGUGAGAGAGAUGCCGGUUGUUGGAGGCACGGGACAGUUGAGGUUUGCUCGAGGUUAUGCCUUAGCCCAUACGGUUUGGUUUGAUGCUGCUACAGGAGAUGCCAUUGUUGAGUACAAUGUUUAUGUGUCAGACUCCUGAAUUUUGUAUUAGGCUAGCCAUUGUUGAGAAAAAUAUCUUUUUACUUUUUUAUAUUUUGUUUUUCCUUAAUCCCUUAUAGAGACAUCUAUUGUACUUAAUUAGGGAAUGGCUACGUUAAUCUUAUAACUAGAAAUAAUUGGAUUUGAAAUAAUACUAUUCUCAUAUGAUGGAUUUUAAAA